AGAAAGGAAAAAUCUCUAGAGCCUGGAGUCCCUUAUCCCGCGUGCCUUCCGGAAGUCCCAACGGUAUCGAUGGCUUCGCCGCCGUGCCUCCUCCGCCUCCGCCCCUGCCCGCCGUCGUGCCUCCGCUCUCGCAGCAGAUCCCAGUGCCUCCAUCUCUCCAAGCAGAGCCUGCACCCACUUAACUCGCCAAGACCAUGCCUACUUCCAGUGGGGGCGCCAGUAGCAGAGCGGCUCGUGCCGCGGCCGCCGGGUACCGGCCGGUGGACGGGCAUCUUCGCCUGCCGAUGCUCCUACGAUGCCGAGAACGGGCCGCCCACGCCUCCACCAGAUAGGGAGGAAAGCUCGGAUGAGUGGCCUGUCCUUCGCCGGUGGGAUGUGCCGUGGGAGUGGCCAACCAUUUCCCUCACCAUGGUGGCAUGUGCAGUAAGCUUUCUUUUGACAGGAAUGGUUGAGCAAUCUAUUUUGGAGCAGUUUGGUUUUCAAGUUGGGGAGGCAACUCUAGAUGAGAAGGCAGAAGUACUCUUCUUGGGACAAUUUAGCACGACGGUUGUUGUUCUUGGAUCUAUAUUUGGCAUCACCAAUACCUUUCGACCAUUCUCAGAUGAUAUCUUUCGUUACAAAUUCGAGGAACCACUUAAACUGCAAAAUGGUUGGCUUUUGUGGGCUGGAAUCGGCCUUCUUGUUGCAAUAAUUGCUAUUGCUUUAGCUGGAGCUGCAAUGACAUUUUUGAAUGGUGAAACACCACAAAGAGAGACUGACUCGCUAGUCAUUCUAUUGCCACUGAUUGGCUCAUCAGGUAUCAGUACUGCCUGCCUGCUUGGCAUCACUGGGAUUUUGGCACCAAUUCUGGAGGAAACUGUGUUUCGAGGAUUUCUAAUGGUGUCCUUGACUAUGUGGUUCUCUACUCCAUAUGCUGUGCUUAUCACUGCUGCAGUAUUUGCGUUCGCUCAUCUUACACCAGGAGAAUUUCCACAGCUUUUUGUACUUGGUGUUGUCCUAGGAUUUUCAUAUGCUCAAACUCGCAAUCUUCUUACUCCUAUUACAAUACAUGCUGUUUGGAACUCCGGAGUAAUAUUGCUGCUAACCUUUCUUCAGCUGCAAGGUUAUGAUAUAAAGGAGCUGUUGCAGGCAUCUUGAAGAUUUCACUUGACAACUGUGAAUGAUAGUAACAUCAAGAUGCAAACCAGGGGGUGGGACCUUUCAAUACUGUAUUAUAAUCAACACGGUAGCUGGUGUCUUACCUGCUAACGUUAUUCAGAGGGUAAAAAAAUGCUUGUGGUUCUAUCGUUCGGAUGAUCACUUUUUUCCUGAGAACACAUUAUAAUCCGGAUGUUACAUGUUUGAUGUUACUUUCUUAGCAAUUAUUUCUCCACCGCAGCAACGAUUAGAAGAAGAGACGUGUUGCGGAUUUGGAAGAAUCAGAACGGAAAAUACUGCUAUGUGUCAUUGUGUGCAUGGAUAAAGAUGGGUACUGUAAAGAAUGUUCGUUGUAUGAUAGCAACUGCUUAUCUGAGCUGGAGACUAGGAUUGGCAGAUCAGUUACAGUGACCUUUCUUGUAAGUUGUAGCAUUGAUGUUUUUAUGUGACUCGUGUUACUUCCUUGUAAAUCAGGUAUGUUCAAUGAGAUGAAAAUGGCUAUAAUUGUGUAGUACUACAUGUAAUUUGACAUUUCUUGUCCUUGACUCUUCAUCUAUUAACCACCAUUUGCUGUAAUAUAAUGAUCAUUCUUAUCUA